UAACCGGCUAUAUUUGGCUUUUAUUUUUGUUUUAUUUGUCGCCUUUUAUUGAGCUUUGCUUCAUUAACUGUUCGCCAUUUUCAUUGCAUUCGACAUUAAUAUACCCCUUCAUAAACAUUUACAUCUUCAUAAGAGUCCUUAUUCUGUUAUCAAUCGAUCAAAAGAGUUCAAAUCAUGCCGUCGAAAUCAGUUUCUUUGUACAUCACGCAAAUAAAGUUCUGUAGAGCACUUGCAGUUGUACGAUCCCUACCAAUAGAUUAUGAGUUCCAGCCUUCAGUAGCAGACAAACUAAACUUUUAUGGGCUUUACAAGCAAGCUAUUGCGGGCGAUUGCAUGCAACCAAAACCAUCAUCCAUUCAUAUUGUAGACUACGCUAAAUGGAAGUCCUGGGAAAAGCUUCGAGGUAUAAGCCCAGUGGAAGCUCAAGUUCAAUAUAUCAGCUCAUUGAUCAGUUUACUGCAAGAAGUAAAAAAGAAUACAGCCUUCACUUAAUUCUCACUACAAUUUACCGACCUUUCGUGUCUAAUGCAUUUUUCAUCACUACUUCUAUAGUUCUUGGAUCGAUAUCCUGAAUCAGAAUUGGCUGAAAGCCUUGUAGAAUCUUUGAAUUACUUACAGGAAGAUGCUGAAUUUGAUACGUUAGAAGACCAAAAAGAAGACCUAGUUCAAUGGGACACC